GCGGUUCAAAACGGAGAGGCUAUACCGACACGCCUGGUGUCCAAAUUGAGGACGUUUUUGCACAGAGAGAGUCGAGUGGAGAAGAGCGCAUUCGGUUCAGUCGUCCUGAUGAUCCCUUCGACAGAUAGCUAGCUAGUUUAUGAUUACGACUAGAAAUUUAAGCAAGAAUGUGAAAUUUGUCUGCCGAAGUCGUGACUUGGGGGUGUUUUAAUCAGAGUAAUUGUUCGUUUUUUUUCUCCAAUAUAUUUUCGGUGAAAAUCACCACAAAAAAAUGUGCUUUAGCUGUCAUCCUGGCCUGAUAUUAUCUACCCACUAUCUAGCUGGUGGGCUCCCGAGUGGCGCAGCAUCUCAGUGCUUGAGGCGUCACUACAGACACCCUGGUUCGAAUCCAGCCUGUAUCACAACCGGCCGUGAUUGGGAGUCCCACACAAUUGUCCCGUCGUCCGGUAUUGCCGUCAUUGUAAAUUAGAAUUUGUUCUUAACUGACUUGCCUAGUUAAAUAAAGGUUAAAUAUAUAUAUAUUUUUAAGCUACUUCUCUCCUGCGGCAAGCAGGAGUGAAGGACACGGUGUCCCGUGUUGUGUCGCAGCGUAAACUCUCCCGAUUGAGCAGUGUAUAAUGUAUCAGGGUGACAUCCAGAUGGUUAAUAUCAAUAUUACAAGUUAUUUAUCGCUGCUAUCCUACUAGAAAUAAAAUCAAGGGGGAUGGAACAAAUUGAAGAUGGUGACCAAUACUACAAGUUAUUUCUCCCUCGCCCAUCGAAAUAAACAUAACUUCCUUUAACAAGUUGUAACUUGCGCCGUGCUGCUGUUGUUGCCAGCAUAAAAACUAGCUGGUAAGGGCUUAUCAGCACGACUGACUGAACUGAAUCCAUUCGUCUCGACUCUCGGCUGCGUCAUCAAUUUGGGCACCAGGCGUGUGUCUGUAGCCUCUCCGGUUCAAAGAGGAAGGAAGAUGGCGGACAACAAAGGCGAAGAGGAUAUGGAGAGCACUUCCAAAUUAAAUUCAGAACCACGGGGAGAGGAUAGCGGGGACCCCGAAUUGAAAGAUGUGAAUUCGGUGAUUGUUAUAGAGCCCGAUUCGAAAGAAGGAGAUGAUUUACAUUCCCAAGAGAAUGUUUCUCAGAUGCCUACACCCGCUAACGUUGGUGGAGGAGGGGACGCUAGCAGCAACAGCGCGGGCGCAGGGGGGGCAGGCAGCACAAGCAGCAGCCCAGUUGGGAACACCAAUGGGGGUACAACCGAGUCCUCGGGUGCUGGGGACAUUGCUGCAACCUCACCAACAUUCACAACCGAAAUGUCCCCACCGCCGACGGUUCCACCAGCCAACCCCGUCACCCCAAUAAACCUUAUGGAUACGUGUGCUGUGUGUAAACAAAGUCUCCAGACCCGUGACUGUGAACCUAAACUAUUACCUUGUCUUCACUCAUUUUGCUUGAAAUGUAUCCCCCAGCCAGAGCGACAAGUUACCGUACAGGUGCCCGGGCCGAACGGACAGCCAGACACCCACAUAGUGAAUGUGAUGCGGUGCAUAGUUUGUUGUCAAGACUGCAAACAGAGCGACAUCAUUGACAACUACUUUGUCAAGGACACUACCGAGGCCUCCAACACUUCAGAUGAAAAAUCUGCACAGAUGUGCACCAGUUGUGAGGACAACGCAGAUACCAUAGGCUUCUGUGCAGAAUGUGGAGAGUGGUUGUGCAAGACCUGCAUCGAGGCUCACCAGAGGGUCAAAAUCACCAAGGACCACAAGAUCCGCAAGAAAGAGGACGUCUCUGAGGAGUCUGUAGGUGCGUCGGGUCAGAGACCUGUUUUCUGUCCCGUCCACAAACAGGAGCCCCUGAAACUCUUUUGUGAAACCUGUGACACACUCACCUGUCGGGACUGCCAACUGCUGGAACACAAGGAGCACAGGUACCAAUUUCUGGAGGAGGCCUUCCAGAACCAGAAAGGCUUCAUUGAGACACACAUGGCCAAACUGCAGGAGAAAAAGACCUAUGUCCACUACUCUCACGCUCAUGUGACAAGCAGGCUAAAGGAAGUUACUGAGACCCAUAGGAAGGUGGAGCAUGAGAUCAAGAUAGCCGUGUUUACUCUUAUCAACGAAAUCAACAAGAAGGGCAAGUGUUUACUGCAGCAACUUGAGAGUGUGACUAAGGAGAGGAGCAUGAAGCUGUUUUCCCAGCAGACAGACAUCGCCAACCUGGCCAGGCAGAUCCUCCACGUGCUCAACUUCACCCACUCUGCCAUUAACAGCGGCAGCAGCACCGCCCUGCUUUACAGCAAGAGGCUGAUCAUCUACCAGCUGCGCAAGGUUCUGAAGGCUGGACUGGAACCAGUGCCUCAGGCUAAUGGUUCUGUUCGCUUCUUCUGUGACCCCACAUUCUGGGCUAAGAAUGUGGUCAACCUAGUAGGGAACCUGGUGAUUGAGAAGAUGCCCCAGGCUCAGCACCCUCCCAACAUUAUGGUGGGGCCCAUCUCCCCGGGCCAUGGCCACCCAGGCCACGGAAAACACCCAGGGCAGAUCAACCUGGCUCAGCUCCGGCUGCAGCACAUGCAGCAGCAAGCCUUCGCCCAGCAGAAACAACAGCAGCAGCACCAACAACCACACCAACAACAACAGCAACACCAACAGAGGAUCCAGGAGCAGAUGCGUAUUGCUUCCCAAAUGUCCCAGCAGCACCCCAGGCAGGGUGGACCUCCGAUGGUACAGCAACAGCCCCCGCGCCUCAUCAGCAUGCAGGCCCAGCAGAGGGGCCCCAUGAAUGGCGGUCCCCUCAUGUACCCCCCCCAUCACCUGCGCCUGGCCCCGGGACAGGGCCGCAUGCCCAGCCCCAGCGCCCAGCCACGCAUGCCCAACGGCCAGCAGUACCCCCCCAUGAUGCAGCCCCAGCUGCAGAGACAGCUGACUAUAGAUUCUGAGAUGAGCCACCACAGGUUUCGUUUGUUACAUCUAACAGGGCAUUCUAACCCAGGUCAUGCUGGACCCUUCCCAGUGGCCUCUCUCCACAACGUGAGCGCAGCCAACCCCACCAGUCCCACCAGUGCCAGCAUGGCUAGCGCCCAUGCCCACCGUGGCCCCGCCAGCCCCAUAGUGGGCGCCAUUGAGCUCAUACCCUCUGUCACCAACCCAGAGAACCUGCCCUGCCUACCAGACAUCCCUCCCAUUCAGCUGGAAGACGCAGGCUCCAGCAGUCUGGACGCCCUCCUGAGUCGCUGGAUCUCAGCCAGCACAUACCCUCAGCUGGGCUUGUGGCCCCCCGUGGACAUGAACCCCUCCCCCGGACUCUCCACACACUCACCUGGCUCCUCAGGCUUAUCAAACUCCCACACGCCCGUGCGGCCAUCCAGUACUUCCAGCACAGGAAGCAGGGGCAGCUGUGGCUCUGCGGGGAGGCCAGUGCCAGCGAGCGCCCCAAUGGAACAGCAGGUCAAAGUCAAGCAGGAGCCCGGAAUCGAGAAGGAGUGUGGCUUCUCAGGAACCACCACCUCCAACGUCAAAACGGAGCGAGGGAAGGAUGGAGGGAGGAGCGCGUGCAUGAUGAGUAGUCCAGAGAUCAGCCGGACUCCCCCUCUCCCCGUGCUGGGCUCUGUGGCUUCCGCCUCCUCUGUCCAGGACGCCCUCAAGAAGUUGGGGGAGCACGUCAAAACUGAGCCCCAGGACCAGGAGGCCUGCAGCGGGGCCAACGGGCCUAGCAAAGCCCCUAGCAUUAGCCCAUCCACUAAGCCCUCAGACGCCCCGCUGACCAACAGCAAGGGAGCCGGGCCUGCUACCCUGCGAACUCCACGCACUGCAAUGGGGACCAACCAGAGCGGGGCGGGAGGGAAGGAUGACGACCCCAACGAGGACUGGUGUGCUGUGUGCAACAACGGGGGAGAGCUGCUUUGCUGUGACCGCUGCCCCAAAGUCUUCCACAUCACCUGUCACAUCCCCACCUUGAAGUGCUCCCCGAGUGGAGAGUGGAUGUGCACGUUCUGCCGGAGCCUGGCCAGCCCGGAGUUGGAGUACGAGCCUGACGACGAGCCUCGUAGCGAGAAAGACACCAGUGAGAAGGGCCUGAGUCCUGAGGACCAGAGGAGGUGUGAGCGUCUCCUGCUGAACGUUUUCUGCCAUGAGCUCAGCGAGGGGUUCCAGGAGCCUGUCCCUCCCUCUAUCCCUAAUUACUACAAAAUCAUCAAGAAGCCCAUGGACUUGACCCUGGUGAAACAGAAGCUACAGUUGAAGCACGUCCAACACUACCAGAGCCCCAUAGAGUUUGUCUCGGACGUGCGACUGGUCUUCAGCAACUGUGCCAAAUACAACGAGAUGUCUCGAAUAAUCCAGGUAUAUGAUGAGGAGAAACAGAGUAAUGUGCAGGCGGACUCAGAGGUGGCGCAGGCAGGGAAAGCCGUGAGUUUGUACUUUGAGGAGAGGCUGCUGGAGCUAUACCCAGACGAAAGUUUCCCCGAGGUACCAGAGGAGCCUGAGGCCCCAGUUGGAGAGGAGGCAGAUCUCACAGAAGACUCAGAGGAUGAGUUUGUGCAGCCUAAACGCAAGCGGUUAAAAACAGAUGAAAAUAUGCUUCACAUCAAGUGAGAAUCAGUGUUAAAAAAGGAAAAGAAAAGGUCAGGAGAAGUGAAAGGAUUUUGUCUUCCUCAUCAAAUGCAAGACCUAUUGUACACAUUUAAGUUUAUUUCAUUUUUGCCUCUUACUUAUUGUAAAAUAGAAAUUAAAUUAGUCUAUCUGGCAAACUGGACUUUUUAAAGACCUAUUGGAAGUUCCACUCCUUAAUUUCCUCUGUGGGAAUGUAUGGAUGUUCAAGAAAAUGCUUGUACAGAUUUGAAAGUAUGUUUUGUUUGCAGUAGUCUUUUUUUUAUAUUAUCAUUUAUGAUAAUAUGUGAAACAUGCUUUAUAAAAUAUCCAAAACUCCCAUUUCCCCUAUUAAUCUUAAUGUACUAUAAAGUUUGACAUGAAUGACCUAACAAGUAUUUGUAUUCUGUUUGAAAUAUUUUACUGGCUGUAAAUAAGAAAAACCAAAUGAGGAAAAACCAGUGGCUUGUUUGGUCUUUCACCAAUAAAUAAAAUAUGUUCAAAUAUUUACUGUCAA